UGGGUCAUUAAUGAUUAACUAAAUUCCCCGUUAUCUAAUUUUAGCGUUGGAUUUAAUAACUGCUUCCAAAGUGAACGGCAAUCUGGCAUUCAAAACUAAACGUGUCCCCCCGUGAAGCGUUAGUUGAGUCGGGGUUUGUAGUCCUGGACCUGGAUCUGCUCCGACUAUCAGUUAUCGAUCCCCGUGUCGGGUGUCCGCCGGUUUUCUCCGUCAGCUCGUGUUAUCAGCCCGUGGUGGGAACAUGCUCCGUGUGAGGGCGGCGGUGGGCCGGUCCUGGCGGGGGUUGAGAACCUUCCCUUGUGCAGCUGUGGAGGUGAAAAAUGAGCCGAUCCUGGGCUUCAAAGAGGGAAGCGCAGAAAGAAAAGAGCUGCUGAAGGCCCUGGACAGUCUGAGGGGGCAGACAGAGGAGAUCCCAUGUGUGGUCGGAGAUGAACAUGUGUGGACCAAAGACAUCAGAUAUCAGUUAUCUCCGUUCAAUCACUCACAUAAGGUGGCAAAGUUCUGUUAUGCUGACAAGGAGCUGAUAAACAAAGCCAUCCUGGCGUCUGUAGCAGCGAGGAGAGAGUGGGACCUGAAGCCCGUCCAGGACCGAGCCCAGAUCCUCUUCAAGGCAGCCGAUGUCAUCAGUGGCCCCAAGAGGGCAGAGAUCCUCGCCAAGACCAUGAUCGGACAGGGUAAGACGGUGGUCCAGGCGGAGAUCGAUGCCGCUGCAGAGCUGAUUGACUUCUUCAGAUUUAAUGCCAAGCAUGCGAUUGAGCUGGAGAAACAGCAGCCGAUAGAUGCAGAUGGAAGCACCAACACCAUGCUCUACCGUGGACUGGAGGGUUUUGUAGCAGCUGUGGCUCCUUUUAACUUCACUGCCAUUGGUGGAAACCUGGCAGGUACCCCAGCUCUGAUGGGUAACGUAGUUCUGUGGAAGCCCAGUGACACCGCCAUGUCUGCAAGCUACGCUGUCUACAAAGUCCUGAGGGAGUGCGGUCUGCCCCCAAACAUCAUCCAGUUCCUGCCAGCCGAUGGUCCGGUGUUCGGAGACACCAUCACCUCCUCCGAGCACCUGACAGGCAUCAACUUCACCGGCAGCGUCCCGACGUUCAAGCGUCUUUGGAAACAGGUCGCUCAGAACCUGGACGCCUACAGGACUUUCCCUCGACUGGCGGGAGAGUGCGGCGGGAAGAAUUUCCACUUCGUCCACAAGUCUGCGGACAUUCAGAGCGUGGUGACGGGGACGAUCCGCUCAGCGUUUGAGUACGGAGGUCAGAAGUGUUCGGCCUGCUCCAGGAUGUACGUUCCAGACAGCAUUUGGCCGCAGAUCCAACAGGGACUUCUGGACAUUCACAAAAACAUCAAAGUGGGAGAUCCUGUGGAAGACUUCAGCACCUUUUUCUCAGCUGUGAUAGAUGAUAAGUCAUUUGCUCGGAUAAAGAAGUGGCUCGAUCACGCCAAGUCCUCUCCCAAUCUAAAGGUCAUCGCUGGUGGCAACUGUGACGAUAAGAGGGGUUACUUUGUGGAGCCGACCAUCAUCCAGACCGAUGACCCGCAGGCUGCCAUCAUGAACGAGGAAAUCUUUGGGCCGGUUCUGACAGUUUAUGUUUAUCCUGAGAACAACUACAAAGAGGUGCUGCAGCUGAUAGACAACACGUCGCCGUACGCUCUGACAGGAGCAGUGUUCGCUCAGGACAAGACCGUGAUCGACCAGGCAGCUAAAGCCCUGAGAAACGCUGCAGGGAACUAUUACGUAAACGACAAAUCCACCGGCUCCAUUGUCGCUCAGCAGCCAUUUGGUGGCGCCAGAGCUUCAGGGACUAACGACAAACCUGGAGGUCCACACUACGUCCUGAGGUGGACGUCUCCGCAGGUGGUGAAGCAGACCCACGUCCCCCUCAGAGAGUGGAGGUACCCCUACAUGGGCUGAGAGGGGGUCCAGGACUGAAGCCUGCUGGUCCCUCCCUCCAUCCCUCCUUCAGCUCCAGGUGAUCGUCCAGUCACCUACAACAACACACACACUUACAGACUCCUGCUGAACGAAACGAAGAGAGAUCGUCUCCUCGUCUGAAUCUCAGUCUGUCCACUGUCUCUUUGAUAAAACCUUUGCACUGAACCUGGACCUGAAUGUAUCUUAGGAAACUGGAGCAGAAUCACCAGCAGAGCGGUGAGAAAAUCUUCCGUCCGGGACUCCAGAAACUCUCGUUUCAUAUGGAGCAGCUCUCGUAGAUCGUCUCCGUGACAGUUUUAGCUGCUGGUACGUUAAUCACUGAAAAUCCCUGGAGAAUAAUGAAAAUUGUUGCCCACUUAUGUUCGUAGUCAGAGACCAAACCUGUGUCUACAUGUUAAAGUAUAGUUUUAUUUUUAACCUGAAUGAAAUUAGAGCUGAAACGAUCAAUCGAUCAAUCAGUGAGUUGAUCCACGGAAAAGUUUUUAUGUCAAUUUUAAGCCAACAAGUGGUCAAACUUGACUGGUUCCAGCCUCUGGUCUCUGUAGUCCUCUCUGAGGGUAAUCUGAAUCUAUUUGGGUUUUGAGCUGUCGGUCCACGUUUGAAAAAAUCAGCUCCGACAUUUUUUACUGUUUUUUGACAUUUUAUAGCCUGAAUGAUUCAUUAAUUAAUCAAGAGAAUACCCGCUAGAUUAAUCCGUCAAGUUAAGAUUAGGUCAAUUUUAGAACAUAGAAGUGUUCCUCUAAGAGUGCGUUACAUGUAAAACAAAGAGAUUUGAUUGGUCCAAAGUCCAUUAAUGUCUAAUAUUUGUUCAUUGAAUUAUGAAACACAUCGUUGUUGAUUCCUGCUUAGUCCUGACUUAGAUUUUUGUGUUGCAUUAAAAUCCCUUUUUCUGUACCUGAGCGGUGAUGUCAGCUCCACUCGCAGCGUCCUCUGUUUAAUGAACAAGCCUGGGUCAGAACCUGUCCUCAAACAAAUGAUUUAUUAUAUUUUCAGAACCUGUCUGCCUUAAUAACUGUUAAAUCAGAUAGUUAAUUUUUGACAAUAAAUAUUAAAUUAUUGCUAUAA